ACGUUUCUGUGUGGGUAGGUGAUGGUGUUGAUGGGUGGAGUUUAGUUUCAUGUGUCAGACUGAAGCAGCAGCAGCUCGCGGAGGUUUAGUCGGAUGAAACUCGCUUUGACCGUCGCAGACUUUCUCAGAGGAGUUGUUUUCAGUCUGAGUUCUAGUCUGGAGGACUAGUUUAGUUCAGUGAUGUCCAGGUCGCGCGCGCAGCGGUCAGGUUGUGUGAUCAUGUGAAGGUGAUUAUCAGCGGAGGAUCGAGGAUCGAGCUGCGGGAGGAUGAAUGUAUUUCUCCGGCUCGGAUUCUCAUUUCUGCUGCUCUUCUGCGCGCCUGUUUCUGCUCAAGGUCCAGAAUGUGGAGCUGGAUGUCAUCAACACCACGGCUUCUGUGAGCAGUCUGGAGAAUGCAGGUGCAGAGCAGGUUGGCGCGGUGCGGUGUGUGAUCAGUGUGUUCCUUCACCUGACUGUGUUCACGGAGUGUGUGAAGAGCCCGGGCAGUGUGUCUGUGAGCGCGGAUGGACAGGAGCUCGCUGCGAUCGAGAGGUUCACCGGUGUUCAUCAAAGCUCUGCUCGGGAAACUCUACCUGUGUGCAGACCGGACGAGGAGGACACGUCUGUCUCUGUUCUCCUGGACACACCGGAGAAAACUGCCAGCUGAAGACAGGAGCGUGUUCAGAGAACGGCUCUCGCUGUCAGAACGGAGGAAGCUGUGUGAACACGAGUGGCUUUGACAGCCGUUCCUCUUGUCUCUGUGCACCUGGAUUCACUGGCUCUGUCUGUGAGAAGGAGCUUGACGUCUGCCAGCCCAAUCCGUGUGUGAACGGUGGCAGAUGCGUCCAGCGUGACCCGACCUACACCUGCGUCUGCCCGCCCAGAUUCACCGGCCCGUCCUGUGAGCUCCACGUCAGCCAGCUCAAGCCCAAGCCCCGAGCGAGAGCGCUAGGUCCGGGUCACCACACCGCAGCAGCUCACACUUUCCACAAGCUGCUGCGUCCGUCCGAGCGAGAGCCACUCCAGCCGUCCGGUCCACUGGUCACCCGCAGCCAGAUCAUCUGCUUCUCCGUCCUGGGUCUCCUCACCUGUCUGGUGAUCCUGGUCACGACAGGCAUCGUCUUCUUCUCCCGCUGUGAGACGUGGAUGGCCAACACUAAAUACAGCCAGCUGGUGCGACAGCAGAGAGACCAGCUCCUGAGAGCAUCUGACCUCGAGCAGCGUUCACUCAACAUCAUCCUGCCGGAGAACAUCAGGAUGAGCAACUACAGCAGGCUCUACACGUCUAUAUGAAGCUGACGCGUGCGUCUGGACGAGACCCAGACGAGAGGUUUGGUGCUUUAGUCUCUCGUGGGGAAAACAGCUGUAGGAUUUCAUGGUUUUAUUGCUGGAUUACAUGCAUAUAUUAAACGAGCAACACUCACGGCUCUCUCUCGUUCUGAAGACUGGUGAAGUGAAUGGUUCUCACUUAUCUCUAGUUAUCACACAUAACCUGGUUUAAUGGAGGUGAAUGGAUGAAGGGUUCACCACGGCGUGUUACGACUCACGAGCUGGCCGUUAUCAUCAUGUUUUCAUCACCUGAGCAUUUUGUAAUCUUUACUUUUCAUGCAUAUAUUUACAUGCGAACAAAUGAUUAAUGUAGCACUAAAUAAACCAUUGUUUUCAUCUCCAUGAACAACGUAGUCUGGUUAUAUUUCUUCUGAAUUGAUGCUGUCUUGGCAGUAUGGUUGUGCAUUUUAUUUUGUGUUUUUUUUUUUA